AUGGAUUCUUUUGUCGAUCUCAAUGACGGGUCCCAGGCAUUGGACCUGUCGCGUAUCCGAUACCAGCUCAUUCGACUGGAAGAUACCAUCAUUUUCGCUCUCAUUGAGCGUGUGCAGUUCGCCGUAAACAAGACAAUAUACGUGCCCGGCGCCCUCGACAUCCCCAACAGCAAGCUCAGCUUCUUUGACUGGUACAUGAGCGAGCAGGAAAAGCUCCAGUCCCUCAUCCGUCGCUACGAGUCUCCUGACGAGUACCCCUUCUUCCCCCAGGCCGUGCAGCAGCCCAUCCUCAAGCCCCUCAGCUACCCCAAGAUCCUCCACGCCAAUGACGUCAACGUCAACGACAAGAUCAAGGCAUUUUACACGGACAAGUUCCUCCCCGCCGUCUGCCCCGACUUUGGCCACGGCGACCGUGGCGAGACGCAGGAGAACUACGGCUCGGCCGCCACCUGCGACAUUGCCUGCCUCCAGGCGCUGUCGCGGCGCAUCCACUUUGGCAAGUUCGUCGCCGAGAGCAAGUUCCGCUCCGAGACGGAAAAGUUCACCGCCCUCAUCAAGGCCGGCGACCGCAAGGGCAUUGACGAAGCCAUCACCAACCGCGCCGUCGAGCUGCAAAUCUUCGAGCGCCUGCGACUCAAGGCGCGCACGUACGGCAAGGAUCCCGGUCUCAAGGAAGGUUCCGAGUCGCAUAUCAAGAUUGAUGUCGACGCUGUCGCCGCCAUGUACGAAAAGCAUGUCAUUCCGUUGACGAAGGAGGUUGAAGUAGAAUACUUGAUGCAGCGCCUGGAGCCUGCUCCAUAG